CCCAUUCAUACAACCAUCUACCUAGCUAGACGCUCCUUCGUUCCUCAUGCACAGCCAGCGGCGGCCCGCGCCCGAGUCGACGUACGCGUCACAGGCUGCCCGAUGGAAGCAGGGCUUCAAGACUCCGGCGCAGCAGCAGUCAGCACAGCAUCAGGCGGACCUGGAGAACGCUCUCGUCUCUGAGCUCUGCUCCUCAGUCGGGUCUUCGUCCUUCCCGCCACGUGAAGUGCUGCAAAAACUGCUGCGUUAUCUGCACACACUGGACCACGACUACAUCUGCGAGCUGCUGGAUGACAAGUUCGAGAGUCCGCUGUGGCAGGUCAAGGCCAAGGCUUUGUCCGUGCUCAGCGCGCUGCUGGGCAGCGGAGAGGCAGAAUUCUACAAGCAAUACUACAGCGGACGUCUGGACUUACUGGAGGACCUGCGCAACGCCAGGAAGGAUAUGCUGCGUAAGCGUGCAGACAAAGUGUACGCGUUGCUGAAGGAUUACGUGCCACCGGACGAGGAAACUCCAUUGGAGAUGAUGCGGAGGAUGCAGGAGGAGGAAGCUGAAGAGGCUGAGGCCAGAGCGGCGCCGGAGAUGAACACGCUGAUGCACACGUCUCCCGUUGUAGCGUCCCAGCAGACGCCGCACGACUUGAUGAUGGAUAUGAACGACUCGCCGCGUAGCAGCAGCGCGCCGCUACCCGGUCCAGCAGCUCAGGAAGGAUCAGCAUUCAGCUUCUUGGCGCAGCCAACGCAACAGGAGUACGCGCCGGCGCAGAGAGCAGCUGAGCCGAUGACUCCUCCGGUCAGUAACUCGGGCUUCGGCUUCCUCUCUGUUAACGGUGGAGAAGUAGACUCGCCACCAGCAGCCAUGACACCAGCUCCGCCGACAGGUGGAUCAGCUUUUAGCUUUAUCCCACAGAAUGUUAACCCAGAGCCCAGCGCGCCGUCUCUAUCAUCCGACUCGUCCAGUUUCGGCUUUAUAAACCAGCCAUCCGCGGGAAAAAGCAUUCAUGCUAUUGAGCAUGGCAUUCCAUCGUCGUCAACUACUGAAGCACCGUCAGCAUUCGCGUUUAUGGGCGGCCAACAGCCUCAGCAAUCAAAUUCGGCGUCAACUGUUGCUCCAACACAAGCAGCACCGACUAACGUGUCUCAACGCCGUCACACGGUGUUUGAUACACUCCCUGAGCCGACGAUGUUGCAGCCAACGCAGAUAAAUGAGCCAGAGAAAGAAGAGAAAGAGGAGGAACCCGAGAUGUUCGACCCGAUUCACGAUGCCUUUGAAGGUUUGGACGCGAACGAUGGCGCCCAAGCGUUGGAAUCAUUUGAUGCAUACAAACCGUCAUCUGACGCAGUGCACGGCGGGUAUGAAGAUGCUCCAGAACCUACGCAACCUACCGAGCCAUUGCGUGAAGUGAUACUGGAGAUCGAAGUCCCUCCUGGACCCAUGGGUGUGAUGCUGGACCGCACAAUUCCUGAUAUGACUGUGAUCGAGCGCUUCGUGCCUUUGCCGACAGGUGGGCGUGGAUAUCUCGAGCUCCACCCAGCUAUCUGCCCAGGCUGCGCUUUGAUUAGUAUAAAUUCGAUUUACGUUGAGAACAAGGGGCUAGCAGAGGUCGGUCCUAUACUAGGAUCACUAGCCAAUGCACCCAAACUACUGCGCUUCAAGAAGCUUAUGACACAAGGCCGGACUGCGAACCCUUCAACGCUUCAAGUGCCAUACAUUCCUCCGCCAUUAGAAGAAGAAGAAGACGCUGCAACGGAUGAAGAGAAUAAGCCGGAGGAUCAAGCUCAACCCGAGUCAGAGGAUAUUUACACGCCAGGAAACUCUAGUGGCGAGGCGUUUAUGACUCGUCUGAACGGAUACAGCAGCAGUUUGGCCGAGAUCGAGACGAAGCUGAAAGAAAUCAUCCGUCGCGAGCAUGGAGGACAGCCCGUGGUGGACCGCCGCAACCAACUUGCACAACUUCACGGUACAGUGGAGAAGAUCCAGACACAAGGCAUCGACUCAGUCAUUUUCGGGGAGCACCGGCCACCAAAUUAUGAGGAAGUCAAGCAGUUCCGGUCGACUCUCGUGCGCAGGGCUGAUGAUCUGGCUCGACUCAUCCAGAGUACCGCUAGUACAGAUCCUCCUCCUCCGUAUAGCAGUGUGGCUGCAUCAGAUGAGGAGAAACACCCUGUGUCGGCGUUUGCUUUUGUUGGCGGAGACUCGAAUAGCACAGUGAAUGACCCGCCACUGGGAAUCUCACAGCUACAGGGCGACUCGGGCUUCCAGUUUUUGAACGCCAAUGCGAACCCACAAGUGGCUGAUGUUCAUGGCGGAAACAUUAUUGUGCCACCGUCGGCACCGGUACAAGACAACAACUCGUACGGUUUCAGCUUCCUCCGCGAUAACGCACAACAACCUGCCGCUGCUGCCCCAAUUAUCGCUAGGCAAGCCUCAGAUGGCGCGAGACCAGCAGUGGAGGUGGCUACAAACGUGUUCGCAGGACUCAGCUUAAAGGAGAAUACCCCGCAACAGCCAAUGUUUGCUGGACUUAGCGUGAAGAACGAUACCCAGCGACCAACUAGACCUCCACCUGCGCUGUACGACACAUUAACCAAGAGCAGUCAUGGCCGACCCAUGGGUCUCAGUGAUCUGGAGGCCUCGUUGCGCUCGACGGCUUCAGGUCGGCCACCUAUGGCGUCUCAGUCGACAGAUCAAGCUCCGACAAUUACGGAGUCCACGCGGUCCUCAUUUGGGUUCAUGUCUACUAUCAACGCGGCAGAAUUCGACAGCAGCUCGACAAGCACGCAGCCAACGUCACCGACUGCAUUUGGCUUCAUGCGCGGCAGCAACUCGUCGUCCACGACGCCGACUGUGGCUUCGUCGUCUGUGUCACAGUCGCAAUCCCAGCGCAGCGUGCUGCAAGAGCCCGAACCAUCCAUGUUCUCGUUCAUCUCCAAUUGAUCAGCGACCGCACCACGUAGCACGUAGCAGUACAAGAGAGAUACAAUGCCUGUAGUGACGAAAAUGCCAAGUAAGAUAACCGAGAUGGCUUCACUGGGCGUUUUGUUUUGUCGACAUUCAAUUUCAUCAGG